CCCCCGCCCCCACCCCCACCCCCACCCCGGGUUCGGCCGAAUCAAUCCAAGGAAACGAAUCACUGCCUACCACGCCAAUUCCCCCGCAGAUCCUCCGCGAUUGAUGAGUAUUCCUCCCCCACUCUCUUGGUGGAGCGACUUGGAUUUGGAUGCGAGGGAGCUCCCUUCUCUCUCCGAUCUCCCCGCCCCCCGUAAAGGCCUUUCGCCUCCCGCCGCCGGAGAUAGUGCCAUGGGCUAGGAACUCCACCUGCAGCCACCAGCGGCGGGCCGGAGCCUUUUCCGAUCUGCCCGUAUCCUCUUCUCGCUCUACAAGCCCCUCAGCUGUGUUGUUGGAACCUAGCUAGGAGUAAGUAGUAUAUCACAAGUGUUGGCAAUACUAUUCUACAGCUGCUGAUUGGCCACGCGAAUGCUGUGCCCGGAUCCGGCUUAUGUACAACUUUGUCCUCUUUAGUUAGUUUAUUUAACUUGGAGGGCAAAGAUUGGCUUAGUUGUGUGUGUGUCUUUUCGGGCGAUUGUUACCCAGAUAGUACUGUGCCAGCUUAGCUUCUUGUUUAUCCUGGGUUACCAUUUAACGUGAGUGCCGAGGAGACAAACUAAAGUUUUCAUUUGUUCUUCCCAUUUGGAUAUCCUAUUUCGGGGACAUAUUCUUGGCAACACUCUGCCCUGUAAAAGAUAUUCUUUGCUCUGAAUUGGUUUCCUUUGUGUUAAUGUUACUAAUAGUGGUGAGGAGGGCAGAUAUUACAUAUUCCCACCUGCCCAGCCAGUUGGAAACAUGGGUUCCUCGCAGGAAUCCACAUUUUCAUCCGCCUCAACUGCCGCACAAGUCAAUGCUUUGGGCUUACUACCUGUCUAUGCCAAGGAGCUUAUUGCUGGUGGUGCAGCUGGUGCAUUCGCAAAGACCGCCGUCGCGCCACUAGAGAGGGUAAAGAUCUUAUUGCAGGAGAACAUGUCUUCUGUUCCUUUCUAGACAAGAACUCGAGGGUUUCAAUCCCUUGGGAUUCUCCAAUCCUUGAGGAAGCUGUGGCAAUACGAGGGAGUUCGAGGCUUCUACAAAGGAAAUGGUGCGAGUGUGCUUCGGAUUGUUCCAUAUGCAGCAUUGCAUUACAUGACAUAUGAGCAGUAUAGGUGCUGGAUACUGAAUAAUGCCCCAUCAGUGGGUACAGGACCUGUGGUUGAUCUCUUGGCUGGCUCAGCUGCUGGCGGAACAGCAGUUCUGUGUACCUACCCUUUAGACUUGGCUAGGACCAAGCUGGCAUACCAGGUUUCAAAUGUAGCCCAACCUGUCAAUUCAUUGGGAAAUUUUGGCCGCCAACCAGUAUAUAAUGGUGUAAAGGAUGUUUUUAAAACUGUUUACAAGGAAGGAGGUGUACGAUCUUUGUACCGUGGGAUAGGCCCAACCCUGAUCGGUAUUCUUCCGUACGCUGGCCUGAAAUUUUACAUAUACGAGGACCUGAAAUCUCGUGUUCCAGAAGAUUACAAGAGAUCUGUUAUAUUGAAGCUCUCUUGUGGGGCUUUGGCUGGUCUUUUUGGACAAACCCUCACUUACCCACUGGAUGUUGUCCGAAGGCAAAUGCAGGUUCAGAACAAGCAGCCCCAGAAUGCAAAUGAUGCCUUCCGCAUAAGAGGAACAUUUCAGGGUCUCUUUCUUAUCAUUCGGUGCCAGGGGUGGAGACAACUGUUCGCUGGCUUGAGCCUUAAUUAUGUCAAGGUUGUCCCGUCAGUUGCUAUUGGUUUCACGACAUAUGACAUGAUGAAAAAUUUGCUGGGAGUACCUCCACGCGAGAAAGCUCACCCAUUGACUGGUAACAGCAACAAAUGAAGCAACAUCGACCUAUUUGCGUUGUGGGUCUCAUUUGUAAGCUAUGUUGCAUAUGAUGGUCUUAAUAGCAACUUAACUGUUACAUUUGUAAGAAUGACAGCCCAGUUGAGCAUUUGAGCUGCUCUAGACUUGGAUAUGAUUGUAUACUGAUUGUGCUUCUUGAAUAAUUGAAUUGAUAAAUCAUUUUA